GGUUGAUCCUGUUGUGAGACUUCGACAUUUUUUCUCUCUCUCGAAAUCCUUCUUCAAUCGUUGUCAUUUUGGCGUGGAUCGUUGUUGGGAAUGGAAUCGUUGAUCGAGCUAUGUGAUCUCGUAGCCGAGAACCCCACUCAGUUCGAAAAUAAAUUAGUUUGGAUAUGUAGCAGGUGCCCAUCUGCGAAGGCACUCCUCGUCGGAUCUCCCUGCGUUUCAAGGUCUCAGUUGAAUGCCGUUCUCGCUCUGACUCGAUUCCUCUCUAGAUGCUCCCAUUGCGAAGAUGAGAGGCCGAAAUCCCUAGCCGUUGCCUUUUAUCGCACCAUUCCUUCUUCUUUUACCUCGUCUUUUUGGCCACCGUCUUUCCGAAUCGAUGCAAUCUCCUCAUUCUACGAUGAUUUCUUAGGAUAUCUCUGCAAGGCAUCUGAAAGAUCUUCAGAGUUUGCUACAGAUGUUGGGGGGUUCACGGGGGAGAUAGUGACAUCAGCCGUAGCCAAUUUGAGCGAAGAUGCGAGGAUAUCAAAGGUUUUCUUGAACUCCUUGGCUCGCAACUUUCCUCCUAUAGUCCCCUCGGAUGCAAAUAAGUUAAUUUCCACUCUGAUUGAGAGAUUUGAGAUCCCUGUUUCAAUCUCUCCAAGAGAAGCGCAUUGUAGCAAUGGAAGCAGUGGUGUUUGGAAGAGCAAUGUGGAGUUGCUCACUGCAAAUAUGGGUUGCAAUGAUGAUGGAAGCAGAACUGGUGCCCCCAGGCAAGCUAUUGCUGCUUUUGAGGAGGAGCCUGUAGCGAGCCUCGAGAAACGAGAAGUGGCUUUCAAAUUGAUGGGACACAUAAUUGAUAAAGUACAAAUCGAUGCCACGCUGUUGGAACAAGUGAGAGGCAUUGUCAGGGAGCAACUGUAUUCAAUGGUGUCAUUUCUAAAGAUACGGAAAAGCGAUUGGUCAGAUCAAGGACAACAUCUGAAAGUUAGGAUCAAUACAAAGCUUUCAGUUUAUCAAGCAGCUUUAUGGUUACAAAUUAAAACCCUCCCAUCUCUUGAUUCAGAUGGAAAGUCAUCAAAGAGGUUUUUGCAUGGAGCACUUGCACUGUUGAUUGAAGCAGCUGAAGCAUGUCUGUUGUCAAUAUGGAGAAAGUUAAGAGCUUGUGAAGACCUGUUCAGCUCAUUGCUUUUUGGAAUCUCUCAAGCUGCUACUGCUCGCAGUGGUCAGCUACUCCGUGUUUUGUUAAUUCGAUUUAAACCUCUUGUGCUUGCUACAUGUGCUAGGGCCGACACUUGGACCAACAGCCACGAGCCCAUGUUUGAGAGUGUCGUGAAGACAAGUUGUGAGAUAAUUGAAUUUGGAUGGAAAAAUGAUCGGUCUCCUGUGGAAACUUUUAUAUUGGGCUUAGCAACAAGUAUUCGUGAAAGAAACGACUAUGAGGAAGGGCAAGAGAAGGAGAAACAGGCAUCAGCUCCUGCAGUUCAACUCAAUGUCAUACGGCUGCUAGCUGAGCUGAAUGUCUCAGUUAACAAGCCUGAAGUGGUAGACAUGAUUUUACCAUUGUUUGUUGAAAGUUUAGAAGAGGGUGAUGCUUCAAUGCCAGGAUUCCUAAGGCUCCGGCUUCUUGAUGCUGUUUCUCGCAUGGCAAGUUUGGGUUAUGAAAAAUCCUACCGAGAAGCUAUUGUUCUGAUGACACGGAGCUAUAUGAGUAAACUUGCUUCUAUCGACUCUGCUGAAUGUAAUGACCUACCUGAAGAGGCCACAAAAGAACGUGUUGAAACGCUUCCUGCAGGAUUUCUCCAGAUUGCUAGUGGGCUCACCAACUGCAAAUUGCGGUCAGAUUAUCGUCACCGCUUGCUCUCUUUGUGCUCAGAUGUGGGUUUGGCCGCAGAGUCAAAGAGUGGAAGGAGUGGAGCUGAUUUUCUCGGGCCUUUACUUCCUGCUGUAGCUGAGAUGUGUUCGGACUUUGAUCCCACUUCAGAGAUUGAACCCUCAUUGCUGAAGUUGUUUAGGAAUUUAUGGUUCUACAUUGCUCUCUUUGGAUUAUCUCCUCCACUAUCAAAAAAUCAAGGUCCAUUGAAAUCUGUGUCCACUGCUCAAAACUCUGUUGGAAAUACAGGAGCAACUGUACAAGAAGUGGCUGGGACAGAUGGGAAUGCUCAAUGGUCUUUUGCUGUUCAGCGCAUUUCCCACGGGACCCCACCUCUUGUUGUGAGCUCUGUGAAGUGGCUUGAAGAUGAGUUGGAGCUCAAUGCUCUUCAUAAUCCAAAUAGCCGAAGAGGAAGUGGAAAUGAGAAAGAUGCUCUGAAUCAGAGGACUGCUCUUUCUGCUGCAUUAGGUGGUCGUGUAGAGGUUUCAGCAUUGACCACCAUUUCAGGUGUGAAGACAACUUAUCUACUUGCAGUAGCAAUUUUAGAGAUAAUACGAUUUAGUAGCAAUGGAGGAAUUCUCAAUGUGGACCCUAGUUCAACUGCUUCUCGAAGUUCUUUUAGCUGUGUUUUUGAAUACUUGAAAAGUCCUAAUCUUAUGCCAGCCGUUUCCCAGUGCUUGACAGCAAUUGUGCACAGAGCUUUUGAAACUGCAUUAGGAUGGCUGGUGGACCGGACAUCUGGGGCUGGGUAUGAUUCUGAGACUCGAGAAUCUACUCUGUCUAUCCAUGCCUGUUUUCUCAUUAAAAAUUUAAGUCAGAGGGAUGAGCAUGUACGAGAUAUCUCACUAAAUUUGUUGAAUCAACUUAGGGACCGAUUUCCACAGAUUUUAUGGAACUCUUCUUGUCUGGAUUCACUGCUAACAUCUGUUCAGAAUGAUCCUUCUUCAGCUCUCGUUAAUGACCCUGCUUGGGUUGCAACUGUUCGCUCUUUAUGCCAAAAGACUGUUAGGGAAUGGAUAAUUGUUUCUCUAUCAUAUGCUCCAUGCACUAGUCAGGGCCUUCUUCAGGAGAGGCUAUGCACCACAAACACCUUGCAGAAAGCACAGCCUACUACAGAUGUUGUCUCACUAUUAUCCGAGAUCAAGAUAGGUACGGGUAAAAAUGAUUGUUGGUCUGGCACAAAAACUGCAAAUAUUCCUGCUGUGAUGGCUGCGGCAGCUGCAGCUUCUGGCGCCAAUUUGAAAUUGACUGAGGCAUUUAACUUGGAGGUUCUAAGUACUGGUAUAGUUAGUGCAACUGUAAAGUGUAACCAUGCUGGUGAAAUUGCCGGCAUGAGACGUUUAUAUGACACCAUUGGUGGGAUUGAUGCUAUGACCAUAGUUGGAAAUGGACAGAGCCUUGAUUUGCCAGCCUUGGGAUCUGGAGCCAUCUCUCAGAAUCCACAGUUCAAAAAUGGCUCUUUUUGUGAAGUUCUGCUUACAAGAUUUGUGCGUCUACUCCAGAAAUUUGUUAACACAGCAGAGAAAGGUGAUGUGGUAGACAAGUCAUCAUUCCGAGAAACAUGUUCUCAAGCGACAGCUUUGCUUCUUUCAGAUAUGGGAUCAGAUGCAAAAUCAAAUAUUGAUAGCUUUUCACAACUUUUACGUCUUCUUUGCUGGUGCCCAGCUUAUAUCUUAACACCUGAUGCCAUGGAGACUGGCAUAUUUACUUGGACGUGGCUGGUAUCUGCCGCUCCUCAGUUUGGUCCUCUUAUCCUUGCUGAAUUGGUUGAUGCAUGGUUGUGGACUGUUGAUACUAGACGAGGCCUAUUUGCAUCCAAAGCGCGAGCUUCUAGUCCUGCUGCUAAAUUAAAGCCUCAUCUGGCACAUGGCGAGCCAGAAUUGCUGCCUGAAAAGGACUAUGUUGAACAGAUAAUGGCCCACAGGCUAUGGCUUGGAUAUUUUAUGGACCGCUUUGAGGUGGUUCGCCAUGAUAGCGUUCAGCAACUUCUACUACUUGGUCGGUUGUUACAAGGAACCACAAAGCUACCCUGGAACUUUUCUCGUCAUCCAUCAGCAACUGGAACCUUUUUCACUCUCAUGCUUUUAGGACUAAAGUUUUGCUCUUCGAAAUCCCAGGGUAGUCUACAGAACUUCAAGACCGGACUUCAGCUACUUGAAGACAGGAUUUACAGGGCUGCGUUGGGUUGGUUUGCUCAUAAACCUGACUGGUACGACACGAGAAAUAGUAAUUUUGCAAUGAGUGAGGCUCAAUCUGUUUCUGUGUUCGUUCAUUAUCUUUUAGACGAGCCAUUGGAUAAUCAACUUCAUGCAAAGGGACAGGAAUCCGAAAAUGAAAGCUCUUUGAAUGACGUGAAAGAUACAUAUCACCCAGUUUGGGGAAAGAUUGAGAACUAUGCAACUGUAAGAGAUAAGCGGAAACAGUUGCUUUUUAUGCUAAGCCAGCAUGAGGCAGAUAGGCUUGAUGUUUGGGCACACCCCGUUGCCAAGGAAAGCACUGUGCGGCCUAAAAUUAGCUCAGAUAAAAUGGUGGAGUAUGCUAAAACUGCUUUCUCUGUUGAGCCUCAGAUAGCUUUUGCACUUGCUUCAAGGUUUCCUGCAAAUGAUGCUCUUAGAGGUGAGGUGACCCAAUUGGUUCAGUCGAACAUAUCGGAGAUUCGUAACAUACCUGCAGCUUUGCCAUACUUUGUGACUCCGAAAGCCGUUGAUGAAAAUUCUGCACUUUUGCAACAAUUGCCACACUGGGCUUCUUGUUCAAUCACAAUGGCUUUGGAAUUCCUUACACCCCCAUAUAAGGGUCAUCCCCGCGUGAUGGCUUACGUUCUAAGGGUAUUGGAAUCUUAUCCUCCUGACACAGUCACCUUCUUCAUGCCUCAACUGGUGCAGGCAUUAAGAUAUGAUGAAGAGAAACUAGUGCAAGGGUAUUUACUGAGAGCCACCCAACGGAGUGAUGUAUUUGCUCAUAUUCUGAUAUGGCAUUUACAGGGUGAGACCUGUGAAUUGGAGCCAGGAAAAGAGUUGGCCAAAGAUGCUUCUGCAAAGAACAAUGAAUUUCAGGCUUUAUUGCCCGUGGUUAGGCAGCAUAUAAUUGAUGGUUUCAAUUCCAAGGCUCUAGAUGUGUUUCAAAGAGAAUUUGAUUUCUUUGACAAGGUCACAUCCAUAUCUGGUGUACUUUUUCCAAUCCCAAAGGAGGAGCGACGAGAUGGAAUUCGGAGGGAGUUGGAGAAAAUUCAGGUAGAAGGAGAUGACCUUUAUCUCCCUACUGAUCCUUCUAAACUUGUCCGAGGUAUUCAAGUUGAUAGCGGAAUUCCCUUACAAUCAGCAGCCAAGGUUCCAAUCAUGAUAACUUUUAAUGUUGUGGAUAAAGAUGGGGAUCAAAAUGAUAUAAAGCCACAAGCAUGCAUAUUCAAGGUUGGAGAUGACUGUCGGCAAGAUGUUCUUGCUCUACAAGUCAUAUCACUUCUCAAGGAUAUCUUUGCAGCUGUUGGGCUGAAUCUUUAUUUAUAUCCAUAUGGAGUUCUCCCGACUGGUCCAGAGAGAGGAAUAAUUGAGGUUGUACCCAACUCUAGGAGCAGAAGUCAAAUGGGGGAGACGAAUGAUGGUGGUUUAUACGAAAUUUUCCAACAGGACUUUGGGCCAGUUGGUUCUCCAGGAUUUGAAGCUGCUCGCGAGAACUUCAUCAUCAGUAGUGCUGGAUAUGCAGUUGCUAGCCUGCUGCUUCAACCCAAGGACAGGCAUAAUGGGAACCUUCUCUUUGACAAUGUUGGGAGACUUGUUCAUAUUGAUUUUGGGUUUAUUCUGGAGACAUCUCCCGGUAACAACAUGAGAUUCGAGAGCGCUCACUUCAAGCUGAGCCACGAGAUGACUCAACUAGUGGACCCCUCUGGAGUGAUGAAGAGUGAUACCUGGUUCCAAUUCGUAAGCUUGUGUGUGAAGGGCUACCUGGCUGCUCGGGGCUACAUGGAUGGGAUCAUUAACACGGUGGUGAUGAUGCUAGACAGCGGGCUGCCCUGUUUCAGCCGCGGGGACCCGGUCGGGAACCUCCGCAAGAGGUUUCAUCCGGAAAUGAGUGAACGUGAGGCUGCCAACUUCAUGAUCCGUACUUGCAACGACGCGUACAACAAGUGGACUACUGCUGGGUACGAUCUGAUUCAGUACAUUCAGCAGGGCGUUGAAAAAUGAUCGAACCUCUCAUGUCUCUGAUCUGUCUUCUCCGUCUCCCCUAAUGCUCGGGGAGUAUAUAGUUUAGCAGUUAGCGUGGAAUUGAAGAUUGAUUGGCCUUGCCUGGCUGGCCAUGGAGGAAUAGUGAAAUAUACAUUGCAAAGUUAU